AAGAAACACGUGAGUUUCUGCGAUGUUUUUGAUUUUUACGAAUUAAAAUACUUUGAUUGUAUUAAGGAAUUAAACGACAACUAUACAGAGGAGACACAUUUGCAAAUAGUUAAUUUGCUCAGUUAAUAAGUUGCGUUAUGAUGAAAAGCACAACGUAAUUCAGCAGCUGUUUAUGCAUUGGACAUAUUAAUAAUAAUAAAUGCAUAAUGUCGGAGUCCACGACCCCAGGAAAAAAAGGCAAUUUGACCGGAAGUGCCAGGAAAUUAAAGGACAACGCUGCCGAUUGGCAUAAUCUCAUCCUGAAAUGGGAGCGAUUAAAUGACGAGGGAUCCACGAUUGCGACUAAAAUUGUUAAUUUGGGACUGAACAAAAGAUCAAAUAUGGAGUCUGAUAUGGUGAUGGAAGGAGGCAGUUUGGCAGCUGGAGACCCUUCAAAGAAUCUUAAACAGAGCAACCAAGAGCUUGAGGAAGAAUGUGUGAAGUUACAAGAUGUUGUGGAUAAAAUGGCAAACAUACUGUCAAAGAUGGAGAAAAUGGUCAGUGACGAGCGUGGGAUCUGUGAGCUAGAAGCAUUCCAGUAUGGAGAGAAAGGAAGAGCAGAACCACUGUUUCACACGUGGCCCACGGAUCAGUUUGCUGAAGUAUCUUCUAAGCUUUACGAAUCAUACAAGCAGGAGUUGGCACUGAAGAAGACCAUACUUCAGGAACUGGCCCACACUUCUAAUGCCGAUCUUUCAAUGGUCUACCUGUCAUCUUGGCUGUAUCAACCCUACAUUGACGACAGUGGAAAACUGCUGCUAGAGAGUUUGCUAUUAGAAACGGGUCACAGACCUUUGUAAUUCUGUCUAGAAUCUAUGCAUGAGCACAAAUUAAAAGA